AUGGAUUCAGACGGCAGUAACAGUGCUGUGAACGCCACCAAUGGUGUUCAGACAAGCAAACUGCAGACACCGAUGGAUCAGCUGAAGGAGUGGUCGCUGACGACAUACAAGUGCACCAAACAGUUGGUGAACGAAAAGCUGGGCAAAUGUCAGCGAACGGUGGACAUGGACUUGGAGGCAGACAUCGAGCGACUCCGCGAAACUCAACACAAAUACUCUUUGAUACUGAAGAUGACGCGCGACAUGUCGUCGCAAUACCAGACAAUAAUCACUCAACAGAUCUCGCUAUACGAGUGUCUGAAUGAGUUGGCGAUGAAGGAAAGCAAGACUCAUAACGGCCUCAACGACGGCCAGACCGUCGACUCGUCCACCAAUAGUAGCAAUAAUGUACUGAAUUUGGGAUCAGAUUUCCGACAGAACGCUGAGAUGAUGCGGAAUGUGGCGAAAAAUGGGGAGAAGCUGUUGCUGGCGCUCAAGUUCUUCACAUCGAAUUUGUCGACAUUAGUGCAUAAGACCAUCGAAGACACGAUCGUUACGAUCAGACACUUCGAGAGCGCGCGACUC